AUGCGCUUCUUCAUCGUUUCAGAACGUCUUCAACAAUUUCCAAAAAGCGUUUGGGCUGCCUACUUUGACACCUUUGUUCGGCUCUUACGGCGGCGGCUAUCCAAGUCGCAUGAAGCCGUCGUUCUUCGCCUCUCCCAUCGAUUUGACACGGUAUUCGAUCAAGUGUCACCAUCGCUUGAAUCUACCUCUACAGUUGUCGAUCUUUGCCGGAGCGAAAUUCUUCACAUCGCUUCGCGAGCCUUUCGCCACGUUCCACUCCAGCUACAACUUUCACUACUCCAGAUUCUCAACGACAAAGCGGAUCGAAGCAAGGGAAUGCAAUACCGCCUGCUGGUCAGUAACGGACUAUUCAAUCAAAAAUAG